CUCUUCUGGAUUCCAAGAAAAGUAUGAACCUUGGAAUCUUCCUGAAGCAGUUUAAGAGACCUGUGCAGGUGAUGAUCGCAGACAUAAGGCAAGGAGUGGGAUCCAACUUUGGUGCCGAUAAGUUGGGGGAGCUGCUGCGACUACUCCCAGAAAAAGAUGAGGUGAAGAGACUCCGAGCAUUUAAAGGAGACCGGAGCCGAUUGUCUGAUCCAGAACUUUUUAUGGUGAUGUUGGUGGAAAUUCCAAGUUUCCAGCAGAGACUUGAGGUGUUGAUCCUGAAGGAGGAAUUCUUUCUGCAGUUGAACUCUCUGAAGCAGGCGGUGGAGGUGCAGAUGGCGGCUGCGGCAGAGCUGCUGCAGUGCGAGGAUUUACACGUCAUCAUCCACCUGGUGCUGAAGGCUGGAAACUAUAUGAAUGCCGGCGGAUACGCCGGGAGCGCGGUUGGAUUCCGUAUGGGAUCCCUACUAAGACUGGCCGACACUAAAGCAAAUAAACCAGGAAUGAACCUCAUGCACUUUGUAGCAAGGGAGGCAGAGAGGAACAAUCCUUCAUUACUGACUUUCCCAGACAAGCUGCCGCACAUCAGCCAGGCCUCCCGUAUCACAUCUCAGGAGGUGGAGACGGACCUGGAGAACUUAUCUCAGAGACUUGGAAGCACCAGGGAAGCCCUGAGAGAUCAGCCAGACCUUAGGCAUGAAAUGGCGCCAUUCCUGCAGGUGGCGGAGGUGGAGCUGUGCGAGGUACUGUGCUCUCUGCAGAGUAUGCGCGACGCCAGCCGGGCCUUGAUGGACUAUUUCUGUGAGGAUGAGUCCACGUUCCGGUUGGAGGAAAUGUGUCUCGUCUUCACCACCUUCUGUGCCAAGUUCAUGGCGGCCAUUCAGGAGAACAGAGAACGUGAGAAGGCCGAACACCGCAAGGAGCGUCUGGAGAAACGGCGAUCGAUAGCGAGCUGCUCCUACCAAGACAAAGACCUCCAAGAUGUGGAAUUGGAGUUUUUGAUGCUUCGUCUUCCUCGCAGAAGUCGUUCUAGUAGAGGUCCGCGGCCGCUCCCUCGUAGCCACUCAACAGAGGUUCUUAAUACUUCUCCCCAGAGUGGUGUCCUGACCAGAUCCUCUGUGGGGGCCUCAACGAACGUGACUGUGGAGCCCAUCAGAGAGGAGGAUGACCAUGCAGCAGAGGGCAGGAUGAGUCAUGGAUUGAGGAGACCACGAGAGGACAGCACCGAAAGUGAGGGACAUCAAGAGACUCCCGGUAAGAUGAACAGAAGACAUACACUCGGCUGCCUCCCUUCUUACCAAGCAGGUGACGAAGUGCAGUCAAUUGUUCUUUCCUCCCCAGUUGGCUCUUCUAAGGAUUCAUUGGGAUUGACUUGUGAGGAGCCGGUCUCUUCGCCGCGCACUCCCACUGCCAACUCCGUCAGCCAAGUUCUAAAGUCCCGGACUGCCGAUGGUUCUCAGAACGACCCCCUCUCCCCUACCUCGGGCACCCCAAGCCCCUUCCGCCUGGGGGGCCUCUUUCACAGGAGAGGAAGUUUAAAGAGUCCUGAACCUCCAAGCGUCCAACUAUCAGAGGGCUCCCCCCGAGGAGGCAGCGAGGCCUCAGCACUUACCACUUUUCUCAGACGUUUCGACAAUGCACUACGCUCUCCAAAAUAGAACAAAACCAAGGAUGUGAUUUUUCAGAACUUUUGUGGCAUUAGACGGUUAUUGGAGCCUUAGCCAGAAAGUCCUCGGAUUGAUGGAAGGGACCCCUAGAUGGUUUCUGGAUGGGGGGUGAGGCUCCACCCCUCUGAUCUUUUAUUCAUUGAUGGUCCCAGAGGAUGAGUAGUGGGGACUCUUUACAGGACUCCAAUGUUCUUCUCUACAGAUUAUUGCACUUCGAUCUGUGACGUUAUUUUACAAUUCUUAAAUCUUCUGCCCCAGAUGGAGUUCCCAUCAUGCCCCUGGCCAGGUGCGAGCUUUAUAUUUUGUUUCUUUUUCUUUUAAGAACGGUUUGUAUUUAGAUG